AUGAACAGCCUCCUCCUGGAUACAGAAAGGCUACAUUCAGUUGUAUUUGAAGAAAAAUCUGGCCAUUAUAGCAAGAAACAAAGUAGGCAGAUAAAGUCACUGGUGUUGGGGAGUGAAAAACUGAUUCCCCACCUGCAAAAGUCUAGCAUUCUCUUUGAGGUUGACAUAAGCUCGGGGACAGUGUCCUUUGAGAUGAAGAGAAACAGACACAAGGAAUUUUUCAGUCUAACUGAUGACAGCAUCCUGGGAGGUGACCCCAAGGCAAAGAUUGGCAAGCCAGACCCUGACUUCUUCCUUUCCUGUACCAAGAUGUUUGCUCUUCCUCAUCCCAUGGAAAAAUGUCUUGUAUUAGAUUAUGCUCCCCACGGGGUGGAGGCAACCAUAGCAGCUGGGAUGCAGGUUGGCAUGAUUCUUGAUGGAAACUUGAGCCAAGACCUGACAAGAAAGGCAAUCUUGGUGCUGAGCUCCUUAUAA